GGGUAGAACAGGGUGGGUGAAGGGCAGAUUUUGACUUCGUUGAAGGGUGCUUGAAAAGAACGGAGUUGACGGCACUCCAGAGGUGUCAAAUAGACAAGUAGGAGGAACAUUCCUAUCAGGGGUAAAAACCUGAGAACUAUUUUAGGUUUAUUUCCUUUCCGUCUCCAUUUUUCACUCAGCAGCCAGCAGGUCAUAGUUCAUUCUGGGCCGAAGGUCCUCCUCGGUUGACCUGAGCUGGGAACGCCAGAGCACCGGUUACUAAAAUCAAAGUUCACUCCGCUCCACCACACCUCAGCCACUCCGGGCUUUCCGGCCAGCGGAAAUGUGGCCGAUGAGGGACCGGAAAUCCCUCCUCCGCCGGAAGCGAGGAAGCUGGGGGCGAGGGGGGGGGAGGCAAGGCAGCCAAUCCCGAGGAAGAUAAUUGUUCCGCCGGGGGCGGGGAGGACAACGGAGAAUCCGCGCGAGGCCGGAAGUAGCGUGGGGGCGGGGCUUCGUGCCGGAAGUGGUCGUCCCUGGGUUGUUUCUGUUUGCACUCGAGCGGAGGAGAUGCUCGGGGAGUCCGAGCGGAGCGAGCUGGAGGACGGCUGAGAGAGAGAGAGAGAGAGAGAGAGAGAGAGGGGCGCAGUGUGGAGCCGGCGCCGGGCGGCCGGCCGGCCCGCAGUCAGACCAUGAGCUACACCAGGCACUGGGGGGAGUGGUUCCUGAACCUGCGGGUGCCCCCCGCCGGGGUGUUCGGCGUGGCCUUCCUGGCCCGGGUCGCCCUGGUUUUCUACGGUGUCUUCCAGGACCGGACCCUGCUCGUGAGGUACACCGACAUCGACUACCAUGUGUUCACGGACGCCGCGCGCUUCGUCACGGAAGGGCGCUCCCCUUACCGGAGGGCCACGUAUCGCUACACCCCGCUCCUGAGUUGGCUCCUCACGCCCAACAUCUACCUGGGCGACCUCUUCGGCAAGUUCCUCUUCAUCAGCUGCGAUCUCCUCACCGCCUUCCUCGUGUACCGCCUGCUGCUGCUCAAGGGGCUGGGGCGCCGCCAGGCCUGUGGCUACUGCGUCUUCUGGCUGCUGAACCCCUUACCCAUGGCGGUGUCGAGCCGAGGCAACGCCGACUCCAUCGUCGCCUCCCUGGUGCUCACGGCCCUGUACUUGAUAGAGAAGCGCCUCAUCGCGGGGGCCGCGGUGUUCUACGGGGUCGCGGUGCACAUGAAGAUGUAUCCCGUGACCUACAUCCUCCCCAUAGCCCUCCACUUGCGACCCGAGCGCGAGAAUGACGAGAGUCUCCGGCAAGCCCGCUACUCUUUCCGGGCCCGGCUGUACGACUUCCUCAGGAGGCUGUGUAGCUGGGCAGUGCUGCUCUUCGUAGCGGUGGCGGGACUCACGUUUUUUGCCCUGAGCUUCGGUUUUUACUAUAAGUACGGCUGGGAGUUUUUGGAGCACACCUACUUGUAUCACCUGACUAGACGGGACAUCCGCCACAACUUUUCUCCGUACUUCUAUAUGCUGUAUUUGACUGCAGAGAGCAGGUGGAGUUUUACCCUGGGGAUUGCUGCAUUCCUGCCACAGUUCAUCUUGCUUUCAGCCGUGUCUUUUGCCUAUUACAGAGAUCUUGUCUUCUGUUGUUUUCUUCACACAUCCAUUUUUGUGACUUUUAACAAAGUGUGCACCUCCCAGUACUUUCUUUGGUACCUCUGCCUUCUGCCUCUGGUGAUGCCGCUCGUGAGAAUGCCUUGGAAAAGAGCCAUAGUCCUCUUACUGUUGUGGUUUAUAGGGCAGGCCUUGUGGCUGGCUCCUGCCUAUGUUCUAGAGUUUCAAGGAAAGAACACCUUCCUGUUCAUUUGGUUAGCUGGUUUGUUCUUCCUUCUGAUCAACUGUUCCAUACUGAUUCAGAUUAUUUCCUAUUACAAGGAGGAGCGCCUAAUAGAGAGACUCAAAUAUGACUAAUGUGUGUUCUGGAUCUUCUGCAACUUCUAUUACAUUCUGAUUGUUGUGUAUGGACUAGAAAAGCUGUGGAAGUUUUCCCUCCCUGAACAUUCUAAGCACUCCAGUGAAAGUUCCUUGGUUCCAAUAGAAAUUAAAACCAGUGUUGGCCUUAUAUGUAAAGGGGACCCGAUAGUCAAAGUCCAUCAUUUAGAAAGUCUUAGGACUAAUUUGAUGAAAAGUAAAGGUUUCUUAUUUGACUGUUGAAAAGCCGAUGAACCUAGAAGAUGCUGAAAUGUUUUUGUACAGUAGAGAAAUAGACAAAAGGUUCUCAGCAGUGUUUGUUCCCGUUACAGUGUGCUGCUGCUGUACCUCAGCCCACCUUUUCUUUCUACAGUUCCGACAGCUGUGAAGAUUUACCAAGUUCCCAAAGUACAGCAUUUUUACAAAUAGAGUAUUAACACUACCAUGCUUAAUUGGGAAAGUGUUAAAUUUUUGUAUUAAAUGUCGGAGCUUAGAGAUAAACAAUCCAAAGAAUUUAAAUUGUGAUUAUGUAUUUGUUUUGUAAUUCAGUUUUUCAGCGAUAGUACCAUUGGUAUUCAUUUUACACAAAAAGAUUAAAUUUAAACUCAUCCAUCUUUAGACCCGAGUUUUUAAAAAAGAAAUUGACACUUAUGAUAUUUAUAUACUUAUCCUUUUUCUAAUUGCUAAAAAGAUUUUCAUCUAGGGUUUAAGCUGAGUAUUGUCUGUUUUAAAAGUAGUAGAAUUUAGGUGAUAAAACCUACAAGUUUUGGUAAAAUUCCAUUUGCUCUAGUCUGGUUUUUAUCACCUAAAUUGUUAUAUUGUUCAUAAGGCAUCUCCCACUUUAAAUCCCACACUCUGAAAAUUCCGUGACGGGAAGGCAGGCAGACUCCUGGAAAGCGUAAGGGCAUCCUUAGGACAUCCUUUGGUCUAGAUGAAGAGGCUGCAAGGGACGUGAGGGAUUGCAGAAAUGAGGCUUUGGUGGGCAAGUCUUUUUACUUACCGCUGUAACAUUUCUUGGGGAGGGGGCUGCUUUCUCAACUGUAUGAAUAAGCGUCCUAGACUAUUUUUAGGAAAGAUAGAGCCCAUCUAAGUUGAGGGCUUCCAAACAGUUAGUCAGUAGAUGAGUGUGGUUUUGUGAUCAUGAUUUCAAAACCUAGUAAAUUGUUUUUUCAGAGUUAAAAAUAACAGCAACCACAAAUUCCUGAAAACAAAUAUUGCUCUAGAAAAGUAGGGGUUUUUGUUUUUGUUUUUGUUUUUUUUUUGGUUUUUCGAGACAGGGUUUCUCUGUGUAGCUUUGCGCCUUUCCUGGAACUCACUUGGUAGUCCAGGCUGGCCUCGAACUCACAGAGAUCCGCCUGGCUCUGCCUCCCGAGUGCUGGGAUUAAAGGCGUGCGCCACCACCGCCCGGCUUUGUUUUUGUUUUUUAUUUUGUUGUUUUUUUUUUAAUGUCAAGGCAAGCCUAAAAAGCCUCUGAGGAUAAAGUAUUUAUAGGCCGGUCAAGUUUCCUAUUGCUCCCGAGCUCAUAACUCAAGAGCCCAUUGUUUAAGACAGCUUAGUGGCGUUCCAAGUAUGGUACAUGACCCUUUAAAAAUUAUUACUAUGGGCAUUAAAACCAGGGCCUCAGCAUUCUAGGCAAAUACUCUGCCACUGAGCUAUGUAUCCAACUCCAAGUGAAUUUUUGAAGGGAAAAUUUGAGGAAGGAAAGUAUACUGCAGGUGUUUGUAUAGGCCUGACUUCUUUUGUUGUUAGACAAUCUUAGUCCAGGCUGGCCUCAGACUUACUUUAUAGUCCAAGAUAACCUCAGCCUCCUGAUCCUUAUGCCUCUACCUCCCAAGGGCUGAGAUCACAGUCCUGUGUCACUGUGCCUGGCUCAGAAAUUCUUUAUCAAAGAAAUGCAAGUGUUUCUUAAGAGAUGCAGUUUAUUUGCUGCAAAACAUUUAUUUUUUUAAUACUUGUUUUAUGUGUAUUGUUGUUUUGCAUGUAUGUCUGUGUAUCAUGUGCCCAAAGUACCCAGAAGAGGGCACUGAAUUUCCUAGAACUAGAGUUACAGAUGGUUUUGAGCCACCAUGUGGGUGCUAGGAAUCAAACCAGAUUCCUCUGGAAGAGCAGGCGGUACUCUUAACCACUGAGCCAACUCUCUAGCUCCCUGUUGCAAAACAUUUAAUAAGUUAAUUGGAGAAAUGACUUGAUUUGGUCUCAUGGAUUUUACCUUUUUUUGUGGUUGUUUGUUUUUCGAGACAGGGUUUCUCUGUAUAGUUUUGGUGCCUGUCCUGGAUCUUGCUCUGUAGACCAGGCUGGCCUCGAACUAACAGAGAUCCACCUGGCUCUGUCUCCCGAGUGCUGGGAUUAAAGGUGUGCGCCCCUGCUGCCUGGCCUGGAUUUUACUUUUGCUUUGCGGCUUUUUAAAUUUUUAUUUGGGGACGAGGCGCAAGUAUCAUGGCCUGUGUGUGGAGGGCAGAUGCAUCUGUGACGUCAGAGGAAAACUUGUGGCAGUUAGCUUUCCUCUUUCCACUGUGCUGGCCCUGGGGAUCAAACUUGGGUUGGCAGCCUUGGCAGCAGCUGAGCUGUGGAUCGCUUUGGCUGCUUUUCAUUGAUGAUACCUGUUGUUUCCUUAUUAGUCCUUGAGUAAUUCCUUAAAAUUGUGUAUCUCUUUGCCUUAUUUUCUGCAUAAUUCUCUUGUUCCUAUACUACCUACAUUAUCUUUCUGUCACUGUAGCAAAGGCCUCGUGUAAAUCAGCUUGUAGAGAGAAAGGGCUUAUUUGGAGCCAUGGAUUUAGAAGUUUCAGUUCGAGAUUGGUUGGCCCUGUUGCUUCAGGCCUGUAACGAGGUAGCAUAUUGUGGCAGGGAGAACAUGCUAAGACAAAUGAUUCUCCUCAUUUGUGCAGAAGAUAGGAAGAGACAGGGGUUUUUAGUUCCCUUUGAGGGCUCCCCAAUGCCUUAAAGUCUCCCUUUGGGCAUGACCUAGUUUCCACAGCUUCCCAAUAGUGCCACAGGUAAGGGAGCAAGCUUUUGCUACAUGGGCCUUUGUGAGGAGAGUUCAGGUCCAUGCUACAGCAUCACUGUGUAAAACUGAUAAGACUGAUUUACAGACAAGCAUUAGUUAUUAGAUUAAGAAGAAUGUUCUCCAGAUAGUGUUCUAAACAGAGCACUGUAUUUUCUUCUGUAGCUGCUUUUUUGAUGUCUCCAAAAUGACCUUAAAGGCCUCAAGUUAAAUUCCCUGGGUUAGGUUCAUUAUUGUCUUUGUUUUGUUUUGUUGUUGUUGCUGUAAGAGAUAGGGUCUCCUGUAACCCAGGCUGCCUUCAAACUUGCUAUGUAAAGAGGCUGGCCUUGAACUCCUUAGCCUCUUGAAUCUACCUCCCAAGUACUGGGAUUAACAGGUGUGCUGGUUGUUUGGAUUAGUUUCUUUGGAAAAGCUGUGAUAAUCAUCCACUACUGCCAACUCAGCAAAAGAACUCUUAAAACCGUGGAUCGCAGUUACUGACUUCUCACCAUCCGGGUUUUAUAAGUAAUGUAAUAAUGUUUGAUAAGUUGUGUAAAACUUGUCCUUUAGUUAAUUUAUGGCUGAAUAUAUUGUUUUGUUUUUGACAUCACUGUUAUAUUACCAACUCUCGCCAUCUGUGCUGUGAGUAGAAAAGAAAACUAUAAAAAAAUUCUACUUGUGGUGUAGAAAAGAAAACUAUAAAAAAUUCUA